AUGGAUGCCGAAAAACUGGCCGAGGACUUGACCAAAGAGAACAAGGUCGAACAGCUCGCUGAGGAGAUGGUUGAGGCUUAUCUUGGGCUGUACAAGCUCAAGGACAGCCCCACUGGACGUGAGGCACUUUCUGGCAUGGAGGAGGAUGUCAGUGGAUGGGCAAAGCUCAUGGUUCACCGUGGAGACAUCGAGGGAAUCAGACUGAGCUUUGUCUAUUCUGCUGUUCGCCUAUGCUACAUGCAGAUCCACAUCAAGUAG